AUGCAGGUCCAUCAGCUCGUGGCACUAUUGCCCCUCCUUGCAGCUCCCCUCAGCGUCCUCGCCAUCCCCAACGGAGCAUGCGACGGGAAAGCCGACGGCCUAUCCAUCACAUGGUCCGGCAACGCCGAGGGCGCCUACUUCACCUUCAACAACGGCGCCAGCACCGGCCCCGCAACCGGCUGCACAGACCUCGGCUCUGGCUUCGCCGGCCAAGUCGGCGUAUCCUACAUGGGCGCCAACGGCCACCCCCACGCCGACGGCACGAUUCUCGAAACCAACCCGUCCGGCUACUUCGACAUCAGCUACAUCCUCGGCUACACCCUCCCCGUCGUCUGUUCCGCCAACGGCGCCUCCACCGGCUGCGCCAUCGACCUUUUCGGCACCGGCACCCCGUGCCCCAGCGCCGUGCAGGACGGCGUCUGCAUAAACCCCACCGGCCCCGGCGGAUCCAGAGACCCAGGCAGCUACCCAAACUCCGCGACCGCUUAUCCGUGGUGCAACGCGUGUUCACCACCGGACCCAUUCUUCGCACCCUGCUCGGGCUCCGCCUACACCUACCCUUACGAUGACGGUGCGACGGUGGGACCGGCUACGGGCUCUAUCCAGUGCUGUGUUGGCACCGCGUGCGGCUCUACGGGCAGGGAGGGUAGUGGGAAGGGGGGCAGCCACGAGCUGAACCGAGCCCAACCUUGCGCUCCUUGCGCUUCGGGCAGCAAGCGGAGCCUUCUCGGGCGGAGGUGGAGCAAGGAAGAAACCGCAUCGCCCCGCUCGAGAAAAGCCAUCCCUUCCGCCCUCCGCGCCGAGAUCCCCCGGGCGAACGGCACCGAGACCCCCGCGGCCCAACCCGCUGGAGAAGCUUGCCGAUCCUGCUCUUCGACGCACGUCCGGCCGCCGAUCUACGAGUCGUGGUACAUCCAGGAGCACAUUGUGCGGAAGUGGGCGGGGACGGGGCCGCGGUUGAUGCCGGAGGGGGUGGAGGGGGCGGGUGCAGGUGGUGGCGGAUGGGGGGUGUGGUGCGCUGGGGCCUCGCCUUCUUCGAACCCUCCCGCGGCGACCCGCCGAACCCCCGAAUGGCUCGCCCGGCAGCUGCGCAAAGCCCACGGCGCCAUCAAAGCCACCGACGCCUUCGUGAGAGCGGGCGACGGCGACUUCAUCAUCGGCGACGGGUUGACCGUCGCCGACAUCGCGGCCGGGUGCGUGAUGGACAUGGGGGAGACGCGGUUCGGACUCAUCAGGUGGAAGGAGGAGUACGCGGAGCUGGGCAAGUGGUGGGAGAGGCUGGAGGAGCGGGAGAGUUUCCGGCAGACGAGGCCGGUGAGGUUUGAUUUGCGGGAGAAGGUCGCGUGA